UGAUGGCAGCCGACUGAGCUAAUCUUCCUUGUUUUAUGACACAAAUUUUUAGCCCCAAAUUUUUUGUACCGGCCGGCAAUUAGGGUUUUGAAGCAUGCCCUAGAAAUUCAGCAGCAAAUACAGCUAUUACAAUUGUCCCGAAGGCGGAAAGCAAAGCGAAAUCCAUGGCGAAAACGAAACCGGGGAAGAAGGACCUCAACUCUUUUGUUAUCGGAGGGGCCAACAAGAUUGUCAGACCUGGAGAUUGUGUUUUGAUGAGGCCAUAUGAUUCAAACAAGCCUCCAUAUGUGGCGAGAGUUGAAAAAAUUGAAGCCGAUCAUAGAAAUAAUGUGAAAGUGCGGGUACGGUGGUAUUACCGCCCUGAGGAAUCAAUUGGUGGACGGAAGCCAUUCCAUGGUGCCAAAGAGCUUUUCUUGUCGGACCACUAUGACAUGCAAAGUGCUCACACCAUUGAAGACAAAUGCACUGUUCACAGUUUUAAAAACUACACAAAGCUUGAAAAUGUUGGUGCUGAUGAUUACUUUUGUAGGUUUGAAUACAAGGCUGCUAAUGGGAGCUUCAAUCCUGACCGUGUUGCUGUUUAUUGCAAGUGUGAGAUGCCUUAUAACCCCGACAAUCUCAUGGUGCAGUGCGACCAAUGCAAAGACUGGUUUCAUCCUUCCUGUAUGGGUAUGACUAUUGAAGAUGCAAAAAAAUUAGAUCGGUUCGUUUGCCCAGAUUGUUCUUGUUCUUCGGACGAUGAUGAUGGAAAACGAUCUUUGAACUCAUCUGGAGUAUCACUUGAUUCCGAGGCCAAGGUGGGACAAAAGCGGCGAAAGAGAUGAGAAUUAGCAUCCCAUUUGCUGGAUGUACAGCGGUAAAUUUGCAAGACUAUUGUCUCAUUUUGGUUAUGUUGAACAGACAUUGUACAUGUUCGAACAUGGUGACUCCAUUGCAUUCAUUGGAC